GCCAUGCUGCCCGCCCAGGAGGCAGCCAAGAUCUACCACACCAACUACGUGCGUAACGCCCGCGCCAUGGGCGUGCUGUGGACCGUGUUCACCAUCACCUUCGCCGUCAUCACCGUGGUGGUGUUCAUCCAGCCCUACUGGAUCGGGGACAGCGUCAACACGCCGCAGGCCGGAUACUUUGGCCUCUUCCACUACUGCAUCGGGAACGCGCUCACCUCGGAGCUCACCUGCAAAGGGAGCGCGCUGGACUUCGGCUCCAUCCCGUCCGGCGCCUUCAAGACGGCCAUGUUCUUCAUCGGCAUCUCCAUGCUGCUGGUGGUGGGCAGCAUCGUGUGCCUGAGCCUCUUCUUCUUCUGCAACGCGGGGAGCGUGUACAAGAUCUGCGCCUGGAUGCAGCUGGCCUCCAGUACAUGCAUGGUGAUUGGCUGUAUGAUCUACCCUGACGGUUGGGAUUCAGAGGAGGUGAAGCGCAUGUGUGGCCAGCGGACAGACAAAUACACCCUGGGCAACUGCACGGUGCGCUGGGCCUACAUCCUGGCCAUCAUCAGCAUCAUGGACUCGCUCAUCCUCUCCUUCCUGGCCUUCAGCCUGGGAAACAGGCAGGACAAUCUGCUGCCCGAGGACUUCCAGGUGGAGGGGAAAGAUAAUGCAUAGACCCCGUGAGGAACACAGGGACCAGAGACGGACAGGAAGUGACGAGGAGUUCUGCUGACUCAAAUUCAAAUUUCAAAGGCUCCAGGAGGUUCAUUGAAAGAGUCCCCACCUUUCCUCUGUUUAUCAUCAGACAUGUACAACCACUGGCAGUCACUGCCGACCUCUCAGCUCCGACCUCAGCCUCACGGUUGCACAGUGCUAUUUUGGGUAAAAUAAUGACACUGAAUGUGUGAAUAUGUGAACUGUGCCCACAGGACCUUCAGUAUAAAUUAUAGAUACAUGUUGCUUCUGACAAGAAACUGUAUUCUCCAAAGUGCUGAGCUACAAUACUAAGUCAUUUGAAAUGUUAUUUCUGACCAUUAAUCUGAACUUGGCUUCGGGUUUUUUUUUAAGGCGAACAAAUAGAACACUUUUUGAUGGGACAUUCAUCCAAAACAUAUCCACAAUAAAUAAGUGAGAUCAUCAUUAUCCCUUAAUCUCGUCUUCUCUCCAAAGCAAUAACCUGAUAAAUCUGAUGGUACUGAUCAUAUCUCACUUCUGGAUGUCA